UGCUGGUAUGGUAUAUCUUAUCGUCAUCUUCGUCCAGUUCCCGCCUCCGAAGCCCACUGCAUAACUGUGAGCUCAACCAAUGAAAGCUUACAUCAAUUGAAGAAGAUGUCCCUAUCUCUAUCCACUGCAAACUUAACAGAAAUGCCAUCGCAUAUCUUCUCUACACCCGCUCGCCGCCCGCCGUUCUUUCUCCUGCUUAAACCUCUUUCUUCCCUCCGCCCCCCCGUCACCGCCGCCGCCGGAAAGGCCAAAAUACCCUCCCGAAACUACGGUAAGUCCAAGCCUGCACCGCUCAAGUCCAAGCAGCAGCAGCAGCAGCCCUCCCACUCUUCUUCGUGGCUCAACAAGUGGCCGCAGCAUCCCGUAGAGCCAUUGGCAUCAAGCACCAAUCCCGUUGAUUUGGACACGGAAACCCGAGUUUUCGACGGGCACACCAGAACCGGGGGGACUGCGAUUGAAAGGAUUGUGUUUCGGUUGAGGAAUUUGGGAUUGGGCUCGGAUGACGAAGAAGAUGAUGAGGGGAAUUCGGGAUUGGAUGUUAAUGGGGAAGGUAAAUUGGGGGAUUUGUUGAAGAGGGAUUGGGUUCGGCCUGAUACUAUGCUGCUGGAUAGUGAUGAUGAGGAUGAGGAUGAAACAUUGCUGCCAUGGGAGCGCAGUGUGGAGGGGAAGGAUGCUGAUGAUGAUGAGGAGGAUGGGAGGAGGAGGAGGAUUGCGAAGGCACCCACCUUGGCAGAGCUAACAAUUGAGGAUGAGGAGCUGCGGAGGCUGAGGCAACAGGGGAUGCAUCUCAGGGAAAAGAUCAAUGUACCUAAGGCCGGUGUGACUGGGGCAGUGUUAGAGAAGAUUCAUGACAAAUGGAGGAAAAUUGAAGUUGUGAGGUUGAAGUUUCAUGAGGCUUUAGCUCAUGAUAUGAAGACUGCACACCAAAUCGUUGAGCGUCGAACAGGUGGACUUGUGGUAUGGAGGUCUGGAAGUGUUAUGGCGGUGUACCGUGGAAAUAACUAUCUUGGGCCCUCUUCAAGAGCUGAACCCAAAGAUAGAGAAGUUUCUUCCUCUGAUAAAUCUGUGAACAACGAAAAUAAGAGCUUUCACCCAGUUGAGGAAAAAAGUAACCCGGUUAUCCACAAUAAAAGCAUGACAGCAGAAGAGGCUGAAUUUAAUAAGUUGCUAGAUGGUUUAGGUCCACGCUUUGAAGAUUGGUGGGGAACAGGAAUUCUUCCUGUGGAUGCUGAUUUACUUCCUCUGACAGUUCCCGGCUACAAAACUCCUUUUCGGCUUCUUCCUACCAGAAUGAGACCUAACCUAACCAAUGCAGAAAUGACUAAUUUACGAAAACUUGCAAAAUCACUCCCUUGCCAUUUUGCUCUAGGGAGAAAUAGACACCAUCAGGGUUUGGCAGUUGCUAUUAUCAAACUCUGGGAGAAAAGUUUAAUUGCGAAAAUUGCUGUGAAACGUGGAAUUCAGAAUACAAACAACAAACUAAUGUCUGAGGAGUUGAAGGCAUUAACAGGUGGAGUGUUAUUGCUAAGAAACAAAUUCUACAUAGUCAUCUAUCGGGGAAAGGAUUUUGUUCCCCCAAGUGUUGCAUCUGCUUUAGCAGAAAGACAGGAAAUAACAAAACAGAUACUAGAUGAUGAAGAAAAAGUGCGAAAGGGAGCAACAACAUUAUUGGCUGUGGAUAACUAUGGACAUGAACUAACUGGUAAUUUAGCAGAACUAUAUGAGGCUAAUGAUGUUGAAGAGAAACAGAGAAGAGGGUUGGCAGCAGUAGCACCUGUUGAUAAUGAUGGACACGCACUAGCUGGUACUUUAGCAGAAUUUUAUGAGGCUCAAGCCCAAUGGGGGAGAGAUGUAUCCAAUGAAGAGCGUGAAAAGAUGUUGAAAGAUGCAGCUAGAGCCAGGACUGAAAGAGUAAUCAAGCGGCUUGAACAUAAAUUAGCCAUUUCUCAAGCCAAGAAGCUUAAAGCAGAGAACCUUCUAUCAAAAAUUGUAGCAUCCUGGGUUCCUGCUGGUCCUUCUGAUGACCAGGAAACAAUCACAGAGGAGGAAAGGGUCAUGUAUCGUCAGGUUGGAUUGAAGAUGAAAUCAUACUUGCCACUUGGUAUUCGCGGAGUUUUUGAUGGUGUUAUUGAGAACAUGCAUCUACAUUGGAAGCACAGAGAACUUGUAAAGUUAAUUUCAAAAGAAAAGGAGCUUGCUUUUGUUGAGGAAACAGCUAGACUCUUGGAAUAUGAAAGUGGUGGAAUCCUAGUGGCAAUAGAUAGAGUACCGAAAGGUUAUUCUCUAAUUUUCUAUCGUGGGAAAAAUUAUCGACGACCCAUUAGCCUCAGGCCAAGGAACCUUCUGACUAAGGCAAAGGCACUAAAGCGUCGAGUGGCUUUGCAACGAUAUGAGGCUCUGAGUCAGCACAUCUCUGAACUGGAAAAUAACAUAGAGCAAACGAGAAGAGAAAUUGGUGAUUCUCAAGAUGUAAAUGGCAGUGACCGGAAGCACGCGAAGUUCAAUCAUGUUUCAGAGUUAACCCAAAGUGAAGUUGAAGCUUCGUGGAUGGUUUCUGAUGGCGAUGAAGAUGAAGAUCCUGAAUGGGAGAGUGAUGAAGAUUCUGAGUAUUCCGAUGCAGAGUUUUCAUUUGCGCAAAGAGAAUAGCAGAUUUCUUUCUUGUUUUAUCGAGCUUCUGGGGGCACAAAGACUAACUUCCAUUUUUGAGCAUUGAGAAUUGGAGUGGCAGUGGCAUCUCAACAGUUUUGAGGAACAAUGCAAAGAGUUUCAUAUUAUAAACAAUUGCAUCUAACAACCUCAGCCCAGAAUGAUUGGUCAUUCUAUGAAUCUUGUGGCUAAAGCGAGCGGUUUUGUCUGAUACGUUGCCCAACGGCCACCUGUUGACAACUUCAAGUGUGUGCCAACAUUACAGUUAUUCUGAAGCAGAUCUUUUGUCAAGCCCCUAAUUAUGCUGUAUUUAUAGAGUUUGUAUUGUAUGGUCCUUGUAUACAUUGUUAGGACUAGAGGUCAAUGUAUAGCCAGAUUAGCUUGCACUUGUUUGCAGCUACUUGAAUUGUGCAACUUGUAUUUAUGCAUGUACAUGUUUACCAUUCUUCUUUUUACU